UCAAUAGGGCAAGACGCUAUAGCCUAUAAGCCUAGGUACACCAAAUCACAUUGGUAACGAAAAAAUGUUCGAUGAAAAUUUAACAACCGCAAAGUUUUGCAUCAGACUUCCGUUAGUCAAAGUACUGUAGUGGACUCUGUGUAUGUGCAAUGUGAAUCUAAAUAUGUAGCUACCACACGUUGAGGCAAAACGGUAAAAAAUCACAAGUAAGCAUUACCAUGUUAUUAGCUAUUAGGCCAAGAACCUAACUCUUGCUACCAGAGUGAGUGACAAUAUUAAUUAAGUGUCUACACACUUAUCGACCAUAUCCAUUCGGGACUAUUCACCUACGCUCGGUUCCUUUCUAUAUGUGUGAUCCAAACUAGUAUCUAAAUAAAAUACAAUAAUUGUGCAUCUAGUACCUACUAGAAGGUACUUUGAUCGAACUAACAGGAGAACUCAAUGAGAAAAUAAUAUUUAUGUAAUCAAUCUUAUUUAUAGACUCGUAAUAAUGAAGCAAAGUUUGUCCAAACUAUGUUUGCUUGUUUGCCUAUCCAUCGCACGCAACUAUGGAAUGAUGAUAAGAAAUAACGCGCUCAUGUCCAAAAUGGUUUCGGAUUUCCACGCUCCCAAGGCGAAAACAGAAGAUAUCAUGCGGAACGUGCUAUGCAAGAAUUUCCCUUCCAUCCCAUGCAAACUCAUCACUAAAGACGACGCGCUAAGAAGUUUGAUUCAAAAAACCAUAAGACUGCUAAAUGAAAAGCAGCGAAACCUUCAAAAUGGAACCACAACGACCGAACAACAGACUCAAUUCCCAGUCGUCAACAGCGAUGAACUAUCCCAGUAUCUGGCAGUGGAAAACACGGGUUACUUCACUGAUAAACAUAAACAUAACAAAGAGCGGCGCAUUGACACACCUAAAACCGGGUGGCCGAAAGACGUAGACAAGGGAGCACAACGAAGGGGCGUUCCUGGUCAUAAAAAUAUUAAGAAAUACUUUCCACACAAAAUCAAGUAUAAGGAUAGAAACGAGAUAAGUAACAUCGCAAAAUCUCGGGAAAAAAUUUCAAACUCCGAAGAAAUACUUAAUCUAGACGGAAAGAAAUACGAUAAUUUCAACUAUAAGGAGCCAAUUAAUAUGCCGAUGUGGCAGAUAGACUACACGAAGCACGGGGAUCCCAAAAUACCAAAUUUUAGUGAAGAAUCAGACCAGCUCAGAGGCAAGCUGGUCAAGAUCGGUUCAGACACUACGUCCACGGGAAGACCAGCGGUGCAACUCUUCACAGAGUUAUUCAAGCAAAAGGGAGAUUCGUGGGUAUCGUGGCACAACACCGUGACAACAGGCGAUGGAAGAAUCCAGUUUCCCUUUACCAAGGAUUCCAUGAGUGCAGGCACAUACAAAUUGAAAUUCAACGUGGGAGAUUAUUACACGAAGAACGGGAAAGAAACGCUUUAUCCUUAUGUAGAGAUUGUCUUCGAAGUGAAAGAAAACGAACAUUACCACAUCCCACUGCUGCUCAGUCCCUAUGGUUAUUCCACGUACAGGGGAAGCUAAUCAUUUUACGGAAAGUACUUCGGACCCGGAACGAUCCGAUUCGAAGAAUGAUUAAGACACGUUUAUGAUCUUGGAAAGAUCUUUAAAAGAUCAAUAACUAAACGACAUGUCAAAAUUGACGUUUAGUUCGAUUCCGCUGUCAUCCCAAUAAGAUCUAUCUACGAUAUUUCUAACGUCAGGUUCCUAAAGGGGGUAACGAGGGGUGUGGGAGGGGGGGCCGUUUAGCGUUGGCAACGCGCAUGUAACUCCUCUGGACUUGCAGGCGUACAUAGGCUACGGAGACUGCUUACCAUCAGGCGGGCCGUAUGCUUGUUUGCCACCUACGUAGUAUUAAAAAAAACAUUGGUUGCUCGAAUCGAGCUGCUUCUGUCAAUUAUACUACAUACAAACGAUAUCUAAAUAAAAACUUAUCGUUAUCGUAUCUCAUUCUUCGAAUCGGGCCGGAAGCCUAAUUUAAUUACCAAAGUUACGGGGUAAAACUUAGCACGUGAUUGUGAUUAAUAAAUAAUACAACAAAUCC